AUGGAGACAAUUUUAGAGCGAGCUGAAUGGUCAACAUUACUGUUCCUCUCUGUUUUAUUCAAUUUCAUGGAGGCUUUAGCCAAGCUCAGUCUCAUCGAAUGGAUUGGAACACAAACGGAGAACGUUAUUCUGAUGGUCAGUGAAGAGUUUCGUUUGACCGUUGCCCUUCUUAUCAUUUUGUGGGUUCCGGCCAUUGGAUUGGCAUUCGUAAAUAACAUACCACUCACCACAAUGAUGAUUAGAGUCAUCAUUUCAUUGUCAGAGAAAGCAGACCCAAAUCUGCCUUUGCAACCACACAUUUGGGCAUUGACCAUUGGAGCUUGUUUAGGCGGUAAAAAAGGGAUAUUAUAUUUUGCCAUUUAUUUAUUUAAUUACUUCCUGGUUGCUAUUGGUAAAUUCUAUUCAACUUAA